CCAAAGACGUUCACCUUCUCUCUCUCUAGAGUCUAGAUCUCGAUCCCGAUCACCGGAAAAGCAAUGGCGACGAUCUCAGUCCCCAGUCACGUGCCAUCCCCAUCAGAGGACGCCGAUGAGCUCCGCAAGGCUUUCGCAGGUUGGGGGACGAACGAGGGGCUUAUAAUCUCGAUCCUGGCUCACCGCAACGCCGCUCAGCGUCGGAAAAUUCGUCAGGCUUAUGCUGAUGUUUUCGGCGAGGAUCUGCUCAAGGCGGUCGACAAGGAGCUCACCCGAGACUUUGAGAGAGCUGUGCUCUUGUGGACACUGGAUCCUUCAGAAAGGGAUGCCUUGCUGGCCUUUGAGUCCACUAAAAAGUGGCAUGCAAAUGACAGGGCAUUGAUAGAGAUAGCCUGCACCAGGAGCUCUGAUGAGCUUCUACUGGUGAGAAAGGCUUACCAUGCUCGGUACAAGAGGUCUCUUGAGGAGGAUGUGGCUGCCCAUACCAAGGGUGACUUUCGGAAGCUUUUGGUUCCACUUGUGACUGCAUUGCGCUAUGAGGGGGAAGAAGUGAACUUAUCACUGGCAAAAUCCGAGGCUAAGCUACUCCAUGAGAAGAUCACAGAGAAGGCAUAUAGCGAUGAAGAAAUCAUUAGGGUCUUGACUACAAGAAGCAAGGCGCAAUUGUUUGCGACAUUCAAUGAAUACAACAAUGAGUUUGGCAAUCCAAUCAACAAGGACUUGAAGGCCGAUCCUAAGGAUGAAUUCCUCUCUGCACUAAGGGCCAUCAUAAAAUCCAUCACUUGCCCUGAGAAGUACUUUGAGAAGAUCAUUCGUCUCUCAAUCAACAAGAUGGGCACUGAUGAGGAUGCUGUAACCCGAGUCAUAAUCACUCGUGCUGAGGUUGACAUGAAGCUGAUCAAAGAUGGGUACUACAAAAGGAACAGCGUGGCACUGGAUCGAGCCAUUAAGAAGGAUACAACUGGAGAUUAUGAGGAUUUUCUACUCGCGCUUAUUGGUCAAGAUGAUGCAUGAAAUCUAUAUCUAUCAUGAAAACAUAAACUCUUCGGUGGUAUGCUAUGGUAAUCAAAUAAGAAGAUCCUGGUAUUUGAAGCAGUGAUCAUUUGCCCUAUCCUUGUGUUUUUGGCUUUGCAAGAACCAACUGAUAACUUAAUUAAUGAUAUGUCAGUAUUCACAGCUUGAUUGUUUGCUA